CAUUUAGUACGGUGGGGGAAAACGAAAGUAGGAUGAUUAAUAUUUUUGUUUUCCGAAAUUCAGUUUAAAUAAACAGGAAGAAACGAAUACGUUUAAGUGAUUUGUAACUGUUUAUACGAAUUUACCUGACAAUAAAGUACAACACUGACACAGGAAGUUUGUGUUUUCACAAACGAAACAAAAUGCUGGAGAUUACUUAAGAACUUAACAGAUUUGUAACGUACCUGGAAACGUAAUUGCGAACACAAUGUCUGAGUUGUACGAGAGAUGUGUGGUAUUAAAGAAUUUACCGCCUACCUGUGAUGAAAGUAAAGUGAGAGAAGCGCUCGAUCUGGCGCAUGGUGAUUGGUGUUUCCAACACAAAUACGAGAAGCUACACAGACAUGUAGAAUUUGACAAUGAUAUCAGAUGGAUAGUUCUCUUCAAAUCAAAACAGGAUGCUGUUGAUUGUAUAAAGAAGGGUGAAUGGGAGUGCAACGAAGUGAGGGGAGGCUGUCACGUAACACCAGAUUAUUGUUCAGGAUGUAUUAUUCCUGACGAAUGGACAGAGGAUACCUCUGUAGAAGAUGAGGAUUGGGACAUGGCCAGCAGUUUGUAUAAAACUGAUUGUGCAGUAGGCACAUCCGAAGAGUUUCUCCACUCUUUUGUAAAGGUGAAAUUGAACACAAACGAUGACCAUACUGACAGUGAUAAUGAUGGAACAGAAGAUGAAGAAGUUACUGUACCGGAAUUCGGUUCAAAUAAUAGAAACGGAAAGCAAGUUGAUCCUGUACAAACAGAUUUUGGUCAAAAUACUUCAAAACUUAGUUCCAGUGAGAUAGUGAAGUAUCAUAAUGACUUUGAAACUUUAUGCAGUGACAUAGAGCCUUCCGGCAGUAUUUUUGGUAGUGGAAAUCAAAAAAGAAAGUUGAAUAUUUCCUCUGAAAAGGAAGUCACAGAUGCCUCUAAGACGAAUACAAGGUCAUUAAGUUCCCGUGACAGCCUACAUUUGUCAGAAGAACGCUUAUCGUCUAGUGAUUUAUUUGGUAGUGGCGGCACAAAAGUUAAAGCAGAAAUAAAAAAUGAAGCGACAAGUGAUACAUCUGAGAAACGCGAUGAAACUAUAGUACCAAAGAACCUGACUGGAGAAAUUAGCGAUAGGGAUCCAGAAAACAGAAUACCAUCUGGGGAAUUAUUUGGAAGUGGUGGUGGUAAAGGGAAGGUACAGAUUGAGACCCAGUCUAAAAAAUUUCAUAAUUCUGAAAGAGAGAAAGAGCUGAUAGCAUCAAACGUAGGAAUUGAUGAUGAUGGAAAAAUGAAUAGUUUUUCAUCUUGUGAAUUGUUUGACAGUGGCAACAGAAGAAAUAAAGCCAGUCAUAAAUCAUCUGAUGAUAUAUUUGACAAUGGUGGUAGGGGAGAAUCGCAUUGUAAUAACGAUGGAACAGAUAAUGGAAAACGUAUGCCACAUGGUGAUAUACGUUAUAGAAUGACAGAAAAAGACGAUGUAGGGAAUAUGCCACCUAGAGAUAUACAGCAUGCUGAAAGAGUGCCGAAGAAAUCUUUCAGUGUGUCUGUUAGGUCAGCAGAUCUGUUUGGAAGUGGCUUUGAAAACACAGAAUCUAUGGAGUUUCAAUACAAUAAAGAAAACGACCAGUCAGCUGAAGGAUGUACAGAAGAUAUGAAUGAGGGUAAGAGAGAUAAUACAGCCGAAACUGCUACUGCGAAUGAACAGCGGGGGGAAACCGUGUCAGCAAAAUAUAAUUCGACAUGUAAUGAUGUUGGUCAAGACGCAACGCCAUCAUAUCAUCAAGUUGGGCAAUACCUCCAGACUGGAAUGCCGUAUCAAAACCCUCAAGCCGUAUCUGAUAUGAAUUACGCAACAUACAUGCCAAUGGAACAACCUAGGCAACGUCUUCAAAAUAUACCAUCUCAAGGAAUUCCAAAUAUGGGAUACCUCGGAAAUCCAUUUUAUCAAUUGCCCUAUCACUUCCCGAUGGCACCAGUACAGAUGGAUGAAAAGGGGCAACCCGUACAUCAGUUUUUUCCUGGCAUGAUGCCACCGAUUCAGUUUGAUGAAAAGGGCAAACCCAUAACGGGCCAACCUGGUAUGAUGAUUCCGCAAGUCUAUUAUAUACCCUAUGUCCCAAGUCCGACUAAGUUUGCACCAACAAGUCAACAGCCAAGUGAAAGAAAGGAUCAUUUGCAGAGGGAUCCUAGCUCAUCUCCACAGUUAUCAGGAAAGCUAGAUAACACACCAGAUAUGACAACAUCUUUUAUUUACGACACUCCUUACAGCUCAGAUCAGACAAACAUAUCUAAUUAUUCAACUCCUCGAAGUUCAGAAGAUGCAUUCUAUAGUUUAGGAAAAGAAUGUCCAGAUCACGUGGUUUCCCGCAACACUAUCGCAGAAAGACGAAAUGACGAUAAUCUUAACCACGCACUUUUAUCUCAGAGCAAACAUGGGGAAAGUGAUGCAAAUAUUUACGAAGAAAUAGAUGAAGAUAAGUUAAAGUCGUUUACGGAAACGACAAAGGUCUCAGAAAAGGGAACAACCGACUUGACACGACCACCUCUGCCACCUGCAUCUCGUCCACCAAUAAAAACCCAAGAAGUUUCUAAAUUUAAGAAACAUACUGUACCAAUUUUUGAUGACAGUAAUUCGUCGGGUGAUAAAGAGGAACAUAAUACAGAAGGCGAGGAAGAAAGUUGUCGAACAAUACUAGUGAGAGGGUUAUCAACAGCGGUAUCAAAGGAUGCCCUGGAACUUUACUUUGAAAAUAAGAGAAAAACUGGAGGCGGAGAAAUAGUGGACGCAUCUAUAGAUGAGAAAAAGCUGGAAGCAGUUAUAGAGUUCAAGAAGAACGAAGAUGCAAAAGAAGUAAUUCGACGGGCUCUUUCUGGAGAGAAAUUUGCACUAUCAGGAUGUCAUCUUCAUGUUUCUGAAUAUCAUCCACCGCCGUUGGAUCCCUUGAAAGUUUUCAUACGUGAAAUUGCAGAGACCACAACCAUUGAAUGUAUCACUAACUUCCUGGCAGCUAGUACAAACUCGGAGCCAUUUGAUGUUGUAUAUGGCGAAACACCUGGUACAGCCAUGGCCAGCUUCGAUACACCUCCAGACAUACCUAAACUACGACAGCUGUGCGACAGACGCAAAUGUGAGGGCAGAAAUUGGAAAAUUGUUGAUGUUGAACUGGCUCGUAGUGUCAAGGUUACUGGGCUGAGUACACAAACCACUCCAGAUUCACUCUGUCUUUAUUUUGAAAAUAAAAGACGAAGUCAAGGUGGUGAUGUUGAAACAACUAAAUAUCGGGAAGAAUUUGGGGACUUUAUUGUGACAUUUGUAAAUGCUGAAGAUGCAGAACGUGUGUGCAAGGCCAAACAUAAACUUGGUGGCAAGGAAAUCACGGUUACUCUUUUCUACCCGUGUCUUGAACUAGACGAAGACUUCAUUGUACGCAUACCACCAGCUAUACUAUUAGAUGAACUUGAAGAAUACAUCCCAAAGUUUCUUAUGAAUUCUAAAAAAUACAAAGCAGACUUUGAAAGCAAAAUACAGACUCAUCAUGGAAGUAUCACCUGGCCCUCCGGGGAACAAAACGUCCUCGAAAUAAAAUGUACGGUCGACCCAAAUGAUAAGAAAGGCAAUGUUAAAGUCAAGAACUGGACUGAGACAUGUACAUCUAUAGCUAAGGAGAUGACUGAUGGCUUAAUUGUUGACAAAAGCAGUAGUGUUGCUGUAGAGGUAUGGACUCAAAUGAAAGAACGUUUACAAGAAAUUGAGGUGCCAGAUCCAGAAUCAGUUGCUGUGUUCCUUGAAAGUAAUGUAUGUGUGAUUGUACUGGUUGGGGCAAAAGAUCCCGUACUGACCACGUCUAAACAGAUAAAGGGGAUUAUUAACGAUAUUGAAAAGAAAAUGGAAAAUGAACGCCAGAUAAUAACAAAGAAAAGAAAAUUGAAGCAUUAUGAAAUGGCACUAGUACGUGCAUCAAGACUUGAAGCAACGUUAAAAAAAAUGCUUACCGAGUUCAGUAUUGACAAUGAACAAAGGGAGAUCAUUUUCAAGGGAAUGCAAAACGACGUAGACGAAGCACUUGCAAAGCUUGAUGCCAAACUGAAAUCAUUCGUAAAGAAGACAGUACCUGCAAUCUCGAAACAAGCAAUAGAUUUACUUUUCAAGAAGGAAGCUAGGGAUAUAGUGAAGAAGAAGAUGGUUGAGAGAAAAGUUAUCGGUGUUUGGGAUUCGGUCAGAGGCAGUAGUCUAGUGAUGUACAGCAAGAAUGAAAAGGAACUGGAUGUUGCUAUAGAAAUCCUACAGUGUACAAUUGUUAUGGAUUAUUUUGAUCUUGAUUCAGAAAAGAGGGAUAUCCUUGACAGCAAGGAUGGUCAAGCAAAAAUUGCAGAAUUCGAGGAAAAUCAUAAAGGUUGUGUUCUUUUUGCAGUUCAGCAAAACGAGUUUCGUUUCGUUUGUGUAGAUGACAUACACAAGGAAAUUAGAGAUGAAUUCACUAAACUUUUCGAUCUUCACUCGGUAAUUUCCAAACCUGUUUACACGGAACCUGGAAUAUUCAGUUAUAUUACCACAUACAAAAAACGAGAAAUCGAAGCUAUUGAAAACCAGUAUAAACGUUUAUCAGUUUUGAUAGCAGUUAAAGACACGUCAAGAAGACCAGGAUUUAUAGUAAAAGGGAAAAAGGAUGGCUGCAAGCUUGCGAUAGCUAAGUUACAAACUCUGAUUGAUUCAGUUGUGCACAAAGAUCAUACUAUUUCAUGGCCGGGCUUCGACAAGUAUAUACAAAGCAGUGAAGGAAUGGAUUGUAUUAAAGUUAUUGAAAUAAAUGAGAAAUGUGUGAUAAAAAUUUCCUCGGAAGUACUCAGUUCUGGAUUAGAAAGCACGACGAGGAAGAAAGCAAUUUCACCAGAGCGGACAGAAAAACGUGGUAGAAUCACAAAGGAGGUCAAGGUUGGAUCUUUAGCCUCAGAAAAUGUUGAUGUAAUCGUCAACUCGACUAACAAAGAUCUUGACCUGAAAAUUGGUGCCAUAUCUCGUACUUUACUGAAAGCGGGUGGUGAUAUGCUCGACCAAGAAUGUAAGACUAAAUAUCCUGAUGGUAUCAAAUCUGGCGAGGUAGCAGUUACAUCUGGUGGGGCAAUGAAAUGCAAGGAGUUAUAUCAUGGACUUCUCGCAAAAUGGGAUGGUGGUCAGGGUCAUGCGGAAAGGGUGAUGGAGAAUUUCGUGAAGGGUUGUCUUACCCUUGCACACGCACGCAAAUAUUCUUCAAUAGCCUUUCCAGCUUUGGGGACGGGUGCGAUGGGAUUUCCAGCCGAUGUGGUUGCUCAGUCGAUGUCGGACAUUGUCGAUGCUUUUGAAGCCAAACAUCCUGACACAAGUUUGAGAACAGUGCGGUUUGUGAUAUGGUCGGAGGACAAAGUGACUGAGAGGGCUUUUAAAGAUGUAGAAUCCAAAACGUUGCGACGAGGGCCAAGUAGUAGACAGAGCUAUCGUUAUUCCGAAGCAAGUGAAAACCUUAUCGUCAAAAAUAAAGGAUAUAGUACAACUAUAGGUCCGGUUUCAGUCAGCAUCGUCAAAGAUGAUCUAACUACACUCACAUCAGGAGCAAUUGUGAACAGCACAACGGAUGAUUUGAAUUUGAAUAGUGGCGCCAUCUCAAAAGCUAUUUUAGCUGCUGCAGGUUUUUCGAUACAAAAUGAAGCCUUAUCCAGACAAAGUCGGUUCGCAAAGGAUGGAUUUGUUGUGACUAGCCCAGGAAAACUUAUGUGUCAAAAUAUAAUUCACGUGAGAGCAAGAAACAGUUUGCAUAACUGGGCGGAUACAAUAAAGAAAUGUUUGAUCAUAACAGAAAAGCUGGGUUUGAAUUCGAUUGCCUUCCCUGCGCUUGGAACAGGUGGAAAAGGAGUACCACCAGAUCGUAUGGCAAAACUCAUGAUAGAAACGUUCCAGGAUUAUAUCAAAUCCUCAGACUUUCAAAAAUGUCUGAAAACAAUUAGGAUUGUCAUUUUUGAGGAGAGGAUGCUAGACUUGUUCAUAUCAGAAGUCAAGGCAACGCUAGAUCCUGUAAAAGCAAGCAAAGGAAAAGGAUUUUUUUCAGAUUUAAAAUUCUGGGAAUCAAAAUCUGUUGCGGUAGAAACACCUGGUGUAACAUUUCAUAUCUAUUGCGGAUCCCGUUAUUUUGUUGAUGGUGUCAUAGGGAAAGUCAUUGAAAUUCGGAGAGAAAAAGAUAUGUUCGUUCCUAAACAAGUCCUCGAAAAUAUGGAAGAAACACACAAAUUAGACUUAAGACGUAUUGGAUAUUCAAAUGGAGCCAAAGUUGUUGUGGAAAAAUCCCGCGUGAAAGUGAUGGGGUAUGGAAAAGCAGCAGACACUGCUAUCAGAAAAACUCAGGAGUACAUAACUUCUGUUGAGAGGGAUAUGAAAAAAGGAAUUUCUUCCUCUGCCGUGAAACUACCGUCAAGUUGGACAAAAAUGAAACUAUCUGACCCUACAAAAACUGUGUUGUUGUUACCAGGGGAUCCGGAUACAGCAUGGGUGACUAGAAAGUUUGCAGCGGAAUCUGGCUAUCCACAAACAAGCAUCGUUAAGAUUGAGCGGAUACAAAACCUGACAAUGUUCACGCAUUAUAUUGGUAAAAAGAAGCAGAUGGAAAUACAUAAUAGCGGUGGACGAAAGGUAGAACAACUGCUGUGGCAUGGGACAAAGAGUACAGCUGUAGAAAACAUCAAACACAAAGGAUUCGAUAGAAACUAUAAUACAGGUGCUUCACAUGGUUCAGGAGUAUAUUUUGCCGUGAAGGCUUCCAUGUCUGCACAGGGAUAUUGUCGGGCGGAUGCCAACGGUCAUAAACAUAUAUUUUUGGCGCAUGUUUUGACUGGUGAAUAUUGUGUCGGCCAAAACGGUAUUAGAGUACCACCGGUAAAAUCUAUAACUCCGUACGCAACUUAUGAUUCGACAACAGACAAUGUGCAGGCUCCGAACUUUUUUGUUAUUUUUCAUGACGCGCAGGCAUACCCGUCGUUUCUGAUUACAUUUACAUAGACAUCAGUGUCUCAGACAUAUAAAAGUAAAAAGAAACUGCAGUAUAAUUCAAUGCAUCCAUUUUAAAUGUUUUACCUUGAUAUUUAAGACAAAUUUGUAAGUAAAUAUUAGUAACAUUUACUUUCCUUAAGCGGUUCGUACAAUCAGGUGUAUGGAGAUAAACAAAGGGAAACACGUGUGAUAGGAAUGUUACGAGGAACAUUGUUGAUUGUUAUAUUGCUUUGACUAUGCUUUUAUACAUAUCUGCAUUCACUGAAGUUUAAGAACAGAAAGGAACGGAUAAUUUUAAAGCUUAGCAGGAGUCGCACGAAUUAAGGAGUAUUUCAUUUAUUAGAAAACACGUUUUCGUGUAUUCAGAGGUUACAGAACUCAUAUUUAGUUUUAACACUUACCCUGCUAAAUUUCUAUGAAUGAACUUGUGCAUCUUUCAAUAGGAAAGUACCGUUAACUGUUAAAAGGGGUGCUUUCCAAAAGAAAGACACUGACUGAAUUGCGAACAGUGCAGAUGUUGAUCAGACUGUACGGAUGUGCAGGCUGAUCAUGAUUGCAUUGGUCGCACAGGCAGAAUCAAUCACGUCCAGCAUGAUAAGGGUUAAAAUACAGAAAAUACAUUAACAAGAUUAACUUUUUACUCUUGAUGAUUGGUUUUGCAGGAUUUUAUUGUAAAGACUUUAGUUCACGUCAUUAUCCCAUUUCUCUACAAUAUGAGUACAGAUUGUGUUUCAUGAAAACGUUUACCCACGAAAUACAUGUGCAGAAGCAGCAUUUAAUUAUCAUACGGUAGCUUGCGCAAUGUUCGAAAAUGCUAAUAUUAAUUUGAGAACCGGAUUUUUAAACAAACUUUUAUUUUAAUUUUUCGCAAAUGAAUUCUGGGUCCGCAUCAUCAGUGUUAAAGCCUGUCUGAAAUUUAGCUGUAGAAUAUCGAGUUUUAAUCUAAUGCUUUUAUAAUUAUAUAAGUCCGCCCGCUUAGCUAAACAAGGAUCGCGGGGUCGCGAGUUCGAUCCUCGGGCGGGACGUAUGUUCUCCGUGACGAUUUGAUAAAAGACAUUGCGUCUGAAAUCCUCGUCCUCCGCCUCUGAUAAUUCAUGUGGGGAAGUUGGCAGUUACUUGCGGAGAAUAGGUUUGUACUGGUACAGAAUCCAGGAAAUCGGGUUAGGUUAACUGCCCGCCGUUACAUGAUUGAAAUACUGUUGAAAAAUGGCGUUAAACCGAAAACAAACAAACAAAUACUUAUUUAUACUAGAUAUUUUUAUCUGAGCUGUCUGUUGCCGGAGAAGGUACACUCGUGCCAGAACAACGAGGAAAUUAUGCGUUUUAAAGUUCAAACCUAAAAUGUUUUGGUUUGAAACACUGGCACCAGAGCAGAAAGAAAAUGCCUCUAUACAUGUUAUACCAUACCCCUAGGUAUCAUAUAAGAACCAUGGUCAUGAACAGGAAAAUAUACUUACCCUAAAUAAGUACUGUGGAUAUUGAACAAGUGGUGAUUUAUCUUCCAUUGUGUACCGGCCACUUUUCUUCAAUAUUUCUUAUCUGAAGGAAUUAACGUGUAGUUUACAGUUUUUUCAACGUUACACAAAAAACUUCGUUGAACUUCCCUAGUGAUGCUCCAGUCUAGAUUACAGACACGCCCUGAUUGGCUGAUGUGAAAAUGUAUGUCAGUCGCGGUUUAACUACACGUGUUCGCUCAUAUGUAUAUAUGCAGCAAAAAUGUGCAAUAUGAAUUAAAUAAGCAGUACAAAUGUAUAACAAUGUAUGACUUCAAAUUCAAAAUCAUAUAUAAGAUGAACUUCAUUCAUCAUUUCGAGUUUUAUUUGUUAACAGUGAAUAUUUUGCAUUCUGUUUUUGUUUGUUUCGCUUCACAUGUGCAUACUGCCAUGACCUCUAGACCGGAUGUUCAUUAGGGGAGUUCACGCAAGUUUUUUUCUGUAACGUCAACGAAAGCAUAAAAUAUAGUUAGUACCUCUGCAAUAUGAAAUAUUGAUACAAUAUGACUGGUGCAAAGUGGAAGAUAAAUUACCGCUUGUUCAAUAUGCUGGGUACCCAUUCAUCGAACUGCGCGUUUUAGGUGAGGAAUUUACGACUGAAAUGGGUUAGUGCACUUUCCCGUUCAUGACCAUGGCUCUUAUAUGAUACCUAGGGGUAUAACAUGUAUAGAGCCAUUUUCUUUCUGCUCUGGUGCCAGUGGUUUGAAACGCUUACUUACAUGAAAACGGGCCAUACUUAUUAUUAAGAAAAUCAUAAACCUUAGUUGUUAAGACUGACAGCAGACAUGUAUGUAAAUGAAAAUAAAAACAAAAGCUGCACUGAAUGCAUAAUCAAUACUUUAAAUGUACGUACAAAGACUUCCAAAUUUUCUUGAAAGUUUUUAAAUGGUAUUUACGUAUGUUAGGUGCCUAUGGGUGUUUCUCUUUUGACAUAUUAUUUUGCUUCUGAUCCUGUGACGUAGUUUUUGCGCAUGUGCAUAAGCGCCGAAAUGAUUAACAUGGAAGUUCAGGGAAGAUGGUUUUAAAUUUUAAAUGAUUAGUUAUAGGAGUCAUUCCCUAUUUGCUACUUGUUUUUUCAUGACCAAAUAUGGAAUAAUAAAAAUUUGACCAUUUUUAGCUGUAUGGAGUAACAACAUUCUUAUCUUUUAAAUAUGUGCCCGUGGUUACCGUUUCCGUGUGUAAUAAUUCUAUUUUUAUUAUCGAUCGGUCGGUAGGUUGGACCGUUACUUUUCAUGGUUUCCGGACAAUAACUCAUGAAAGGCUUGACAGAUUUAAAUAAAUUAUGGUACACAGGUGUAACAUCAUUAAAUACAGGUCAAGUUCAGCUUUGCUUACAAACCACCUUUUACGUAGUUUUGGCCCCCUUUUCAACUUAAAAUUUCCCAAACUCAUGGUUUCCGGACAAAAACUAAUGAAAGGCUUGACAGAUUUAGAUAAUUUUUGAUACACAUGUUUAACAUCAUAAGAUAUAGGUCAAGUUCGACUUUGGCUACAAACCACCAAAUAUUUUGACGUAGUAGUUACUUAAAAUUUGCCAAACUCAUGGUUUCCGGACAAUAACUUGUGAAAGGCUUGACAGAUUUAAAUAAAUUUUGGUACGCAGGUAUAACAUCAUAAAAUACAGGUCAAAUUCGACGUUGCCUACAAACCAUCUUUUUUGACGUAGUUAUGACCCCUUUCCAACUUAAAAUUUGCCAAACUCAUGGUUUCCGAACUCAUGAAAGGGUUGACAGAUUGAAAUAAUGUUUGAUACACAGGUGUAACAUCAUCUUAUGGUUGCCAUACUUUUGUGACAAGGCCAUAUUGUGGGGGUAUUAUUCGUCACUCCUGUGACAGUUCUAGUUUUAUUUUAAAUAUUGAUUUAUUAGUAGUAUAUUGUAGGCGUUGUUAUUUGCCACAUUUCUUUCAUAUGAUAGGGGGUAUAGGCGAAAUUCCGGAUACUGCUUUGUACAUGCAUGUAAAGUUAAUUUAUGCUAAUUUUUAACCCACUUUAUUGUGUUAUUUUAUUGGUAUGUAUUUAAUAAGUUUUAUACUACUGUUUCUGUAUAAGCAUUUGUUCAGGUUUGUUGUAUGUUGUGUGUCGUAUUUUUUUAUUAAGUAUGUAACUCACUCUGCGACUCCUUAAUGUACGAGGCUCCGUCAAAUCUUAAUGUAGGCAUGGCUAUGCCCGCUCCCUUUUCCGUAAUUAACACCAAACGUAUUACACAGGACGUACAUCUGGAACAAACAUCCAUAAACAGUGUCUCAUAUUUUUAGUUUUAUACUUUGAUUUUUUAAAGUUAAGUAUUUAUGUGUUUAAUGUUUGAUAUGCAUGAUUAUGGUCAAACUAUUUACAAAUGUCACCUAACAAUAAGGCAAAAAGUGGCCUUUGAACCAAGCCGACUUGUAUUUUAAAGUAGCCUUGCUCUAUUAUCUCAAUGUAGGUUUCUUACAGGCUGACCUUUAGUAAUAUCAGAACAAUGGUCUUUCUUGAGAGCUUUUGCUGAUUGCACAACAUUGACUAUUUGUCCUUCCAAAAUACCAUUUGAUCAAUAUAUGAGUAUAUAUAGUGGUAAAUGUGUUUAUAGUAGUGAACUGUUUAGUCAAUAUUCAUUACUGCGUAUUCAUAAGCUGUUUUUCUACGGAGGAGGUGAAGAAAACAACAGCAACAACAACAAUACCCUCCAUGUAAAUGCACCAAUGUAAUCGUCAACAUAUAACACUUGGGUUAUAAUUUUCUUGUUAAAUUUUAUCCGGGCACGUUUUAAACAAUUUAUUUAGUGUCAGGCGGUGUUGUUUAUUUACGUGACUGUCGUGUAUGUUACUCGCUAGUUAAACUUACUAAUUCAAACUGUCGAAAUACGUAAUUCGAAAUAUGACCGUGUAGUUUUCGCACUUCAGAUAUCACUGUUCUACCCUGUAAGGGUCUCUUCGGCACGACAAUAUAGCCAUAGCAUGCACAAACGAGUAGUUAUAUGUCCGGGAACUGCUUAAACCCGCAGUCGGGUACCUUACGUUUUCCAAGCUGUGAGGAUAUGCCGUAGAUGGUGCCGAACGAAAAAUAUUUUACUGUUUUACAUAUAUCUGGAGGCUUUCGGCGUGGUUCGAUUUCUAACGAACGGCACAUAUACCCGCACUCUACAACGAACAAAAGUAUAUUUCAAGAUUUCAUUUAGCUUCAGUUUAGGUUAUACAUUGAUGCACGGUUAUUUGAAGAAUAUGCAGAUAUAAUAGUGUGCUAUGUGUUGACACUUUCUCGUACUAUUAUCACAGAAUAGAUAAAUUAGACUUCCAAAGUCUGGUAUUUAGGCAAAAUACGAAGUCAAAACAAAAUUAUUCAUUAACAUUUCGUCCAUUGAGAGCCAGACGGACUCGUCAGCAUAUGGAUAAAGAACGUUGAUGAGCCCUUCUGGCUCUCAAUUGACGAAAUUUUUUGAUUUUUUGCAGACAGACAUACGUUAAAAUCUGGCGGUUAACGAAGUUAAACGAUGAGACGAAAUUUUGAGUUACGUAGAUCGAAAAUUCGAAAAAAAACAAAACAAACAAACAAAACAAGUUGAAAUUUUGAGAUACUAAGUCAGAAUGUUGCUCAACAGCAAUCUUUAAGUGACAUUGUGGCGGCCGUAAGAAAUAUCCACGUCCUUAGAUUCGAUGAUUUUUGUCGAGCCCGCUUGCGGAAGCGAAGACAUAGUUGUCCAAAUGGCUGUUCGGUGUAUGUGCGUACGUUCGUGCGUGCGCUCGUGUGUGCGUCCGUGCGUCCGUCCGGAUUUGUUUGUCCGGACCAUAACUUUGACGUGAUUUGGCAUGAAUGUUAACCUCAGUGAGACGGAGUAUCAUGCGCUAACCCCCGGUUCCUAUCUCAAAGGUCAAGGUCACACUUACAGGUCAAAGGUCAAAUUCAGAAAUGACUUUGUCCGUAGCAUUUCUUCUUCAUGCAUGGAGGGAGUUUGAUGUUACUUGGCACAAUUGUUCACCAUCAUGUGAUGGAGUGUCAUGCGUAAGAACCAGGUCCCUUGGUCUAAGGUCAAGGUCAUACUUAGAGGUCAAAGGAUACAAGAAUGACAGCUUUGUCCGGAGCAUUUCUUCUUCAUGCAUGGAGGGAUUUUGAUGUAACUUUGCACAAAUGUUCACCACCAUAAGACGGAAUGUGCAAGAACCAGGUCCCUAGGUCUAAGGUUAAGGUCACACUUAGAGGUCAAAAGUCAGAUACAAGAAUGACUUUGUCUGGAGCAUUUCUUUUUGAUGCAUAGAGGGAUUUUGAUGUAACUUGACACAAUUGUUCAUCACCAUGAGACGGAGUGUCGUGCGCAAGAUCCUAGAAUUACUUCCCUUUGUUGUUACUAUAAAUAGCUUUUAUUCGUAACUUUUUUUAUUUCUGGUCGUAGGGAAAAAUCAAGACCACUUUUCUGUAGUAUAACAUACAUGUAACAUCCAAUUUUCAGGUGUAUUUUGAACUAUCUCUACUGGUGAGGAUUUUUAUGUGGACUUAGAAUUUCGCUUAGGCCGAUGCUAGCGGUCUGGAGAGGUGUAUUGUGUAUGUUUCCAAAGGAUCUUUUACAGACUUUAUUGUUAAUAUGUUGAAAUUGACAUGCGAUGUUUUAUUCGAUGUUAUUAUUCUGGUAAAUACACAUAUCUUUUUGUUGCGAAUUAAAUAAUAUUCUUAACUGUCGUUUAAGUUUUGUUCUCCUAUAUAAUAGGAUUAUUAUAAUAGUAGCUCGAUCUGGGAUGCUUAUUCGGCUCGAGUGGAUUUUACUAGAUCGGAUCUCACGAGGCGCUAAAGCUACUGUUAUGAUGACCCUUUUAUUAUAUAUGUACAUCUUUAACUUUAACUUUAGUACUGUACAUGUCUGUAUUAAUUUGAUAGUGCUUGAUGUAAUAUUUUAAAACCUGUAA